AAAAAAAAAAAAAAAAAAAAAAAAGGGAAAAAAAAAGGAGGAGGAGGGUGAGAGAGAAGCUGGGAGAGCAGAGAAAAGGGGGCACCGGCGGCCCCCCCCCGCUUCCCUGCACGCGCUUUGCCGCCCGCCUGCCGCGGUUACCCCUGGGCUUCGUCCCUCUGUUUCCCCCCCCGGCGUCUGGCGACCCAGCGUGGAGCGAGGCCCCGCCGGGGGCGGCCAUGCGGCGGUGACAGGAGCACGGCCGAGACGCACGGGCCCCCCUCGCCCUCUCACCUCCACCCCGUUCGCCAGCUCGCCGAGGCCCCUCCGGCCUACACUCGCUUGCUGUCCGCAUCCCCCCCUCCCCGACCCUCCCCGGCUGCUCUUCGGGAAUCAUGGCCCAAGUAGCGAUGUCUGCCUUGCCUGCCGAAGAUGAGGAGUCUUCAGAGAGCAGGAUGGUGGUGACCUUCCUCAUGUCUGCCCUGGAGUCCAUGUGUAAAGAGCUGGCCAAGUCCAAGGCUGAGGUGGCCUGCAUUGCUGUGUAUGAGACGGACGUGUUUGUUGUUGGAACCGAAAGAGGGCGUGCUUUUGUCAAUACCAGAAAAGAUUUCCAAAAAGAUUUUGUGAAGUAUUGUGUUGAAGAAGAAGAAAAGGCCGCCGAGAUGCAUAAGAUGAAAUCUACCGCCCAGGCCAAUCGGAUGAGUGUGGAUGCUGUAGAAAUUGAAACACUCAGAAAAACGGUGGAGGACUAUUUCUGUUUUUGCUAUGGGAAAGCUUUAGGCAAAUCCACAGUGGUCCCUGUGCCGUACGAGAAGAUGCUGCGCGACCAGUCGGCUGUGGUGGUGCAGGGGCUUCCCGAGGGGGUCGCCUUCAAGCACCCCGAACAUUACGACCUCGCAACCUUGAAGUGGAUUUUGGAGAACAAGGCAGGGAUUUCCUUCAUCAUUAAGAGACCUUUUCUCGAGCCGAAGAAACACCUCGGUGGUCGAGUGCUGGCGGCCGAGGCUGAGAGGUCCAUGCUGUCUCCUGGUGGAAGUUGUGGCCCCAUCAAAGUGAAAACUGAACCCACAGAAGAUUCUGGCAUUUCUCUGGAAAUGGCCGCUGUGACAGUGAAGGAGGAGUCAGAAGACCCUGAUUACUAUCAGUAUAACAUUCAAGGAAGCCAUCACUCCUCAGAAGGCAACGAGGGAACGGAAGUGGAAGUGCCAGCAGAAGAUUCUACUCAACAUGUCCCUUCAGAAACCAGUGAGGACCCCGAAGUUGAGGUGACCAUUGAAGAUGAUGACUAUUCUCCACCCACCAAGAGGCUAAAGAGCAGCGAGCCGCCCCCGCCCCCGCCCGUCGUCCAGGAGCCCGCCAACGCUGGCAAGCGCAAAGUGAGGGAGUUCAACUUUGAGAAAUGGAACGCGCGCAUCACUGACCUACGGAAACAAGUUGAAGAGUUGUUCGAAAGAAAAUAUGCUCAAGCUAUCAAAGCCAAAGGUCCGGUGACGAUCCCAUACCCUCUUUUCCAGUCCCAUGUUGAAGAUCUUUAUGUAGAAGGGCUUCCUGAAGGGAUUCCUUUUAGAAGGCCUUCGACGUACGGCAUUCCUCGCCUGGAGAGGAUAUUGCUGGCCAAGGAAAGGAUCCGUUUCGUGAUUAAGAAACAUGAGCUUCUGAACUCAACACGAGAAGAUUUACAGCUUGAUAAACCAGCCUCGGGAGUGAAGGAAGAGUGGUACGCUCGGAUCACCAAACUGAGGAAGAUGGUGGACCAGCUCUUCUGCAAGAAAUUUGCCGAGGCCUUGGGAAGCACGGAAGCCAAGGCUGUACCGUACCAAAAAUUUGAGGCCCAUCCCAAUGAUCUCUAUGUGGAAGGACUUCCAGAAAACAUUCCUUUCCGAAGCCCCUCGUGGUAUGGAAUCCCAAGACUGGAAAAAAUCAUCCAAGUGGGCAAUCGAAUUAAAUUUGUUAUCAAGAGACCAGAGCUGCUCACUCACAGCACAACUGAAGUGACUCAGCCACGGACAAACACACCAGUGAAAGAAGAUUGGAAUGUCAGAAUCACCAAGCUCCGAAAGCAAGUGGAAGAGAUCUUUAAUUUGAAGUUUGCUCAGGCUCUGGGCCUCACAGAGGCUGUGAAGGUGCCGUAUCCUGUGUUCGAAUCCAACCCGGAGUUUCUGUAUGUGGAAGGGCUCCCCGAAGGGAUUCCCUUCCGAAGCCCUACCUGGUUUGGGAUUCCACGCCUCGAGAGGAUUGUCCGUGGCAGCAAUAAGAUCAAGUUUGUUGUUAAAAAGCCCGAGCUAGUUGUGUCCUAUUUGCCUCCUGGGAUGGCUAGCAAAAUCAACACUAAAGCAUUGCAGUCCCCAAAACGACCACGAAGCCCUGGGAGCAACUCCAAGGUUCCUGAAAUUGAGGUCACUGUGGAAGGCCCCAACAACAGCAGUCCUCAGACCUCCGCGGUUCGAACUCCUACGCAGACCAAUGGUUCAAAUGUUCCCUUCAAGCCUCGAGGGAGAGAGUUUUCCUUUGAGGCCUGGAAUGCUAAGAUCACAGACCUGAAGCAGAAAGUGGAGAGCCUCUUCAAUGAGAAGUGCGGGGAAGCGCUUGGCCUUAAGCAGGCUGUGAAAGUCCCGUUUGCGUUAUUCGAGUCCUUCCCAGAAGACUUCUAUGUGGAAGGCUUGCCCGAGGGGGUGCCCUUCCGAAGGCCGUCCACAUUUGGCAUUCCCAGGCUGGAGAAGAUACUCCGGAACAAGGCCAAGAUAAAGUUCAUCAUUAAAAAACCUGAGAUGUUUGAGACGGCCAUCAAAGAGAGCACCUCUUCCAAAAGCCCUCCAAGAAAGAUAAACUCAUCACCCAACGUUAAUACUACUGCAUCAGGUGUGGAAGACCUUAACAUCAUUCAGGUGACGAUUCCAGAUGACGAUAAUGAACGACUGUCCAAAGUUGAAAAGGCCAGGCAGCUGCGGGAGCAGGUCAACGACCUCUUCAGUCGGAAGUUUGGUGAAGCUAUUGGGAUGGGCUUCCCUGUGAAGGUUCCCUACAGGAAGAUCACCAUCAACCCUGGCUGCGUGGUGGUCGAUGGCAUGCCCCCCGGGGUGUCCUUCAAAGCCCCCAGUUACCUGGAGAUCAGCUCCAUGAGAAGGAUCUUAGACUCUGCGGAGUUUAUCAAGUUCACUGUCAUUAGACCAUUUCCAGGACUUGUGAUUAAUAACCAGCUGGUUGAUCAGAAUGAGUCUGAAGGCCCUGUGAUACAAGAAUCAGCCGAGGCAAGCCAGUUGGAAGUCCCAGUAACAGAAGAAAUUAAAGAGACAGAUGGGAGUUCACAGAUCAAGCAGGAGCCAGACCCCACGUGGUAGACCCCACGUGGCUCUCCAGGUUCGUCCAGUGUCCAGCGUGCGUGGUGGAGGAGAGCCUUGGGACCCGUUCCUGCCAGCUCUGUAAUAUACUUGUAUAACAGAAAUACCUUCUAUACAAACCUUCUUUUCUACUUUUAGAUAGAAAUGUCUACUUUCUCAGCAGUUCUGUGAAUUGAGCUACACAGCGUGAUGAGAUGCGCGUGCCUGGUGGCUUGGGAACGCACUAGAAGGGUCUUGCAGCAGUGCUGAAAGAGGCGGGAAUGGCAGGGACGACUCGUAGGGUUUCUUAUGCAUCGGGCAGAGCCUUGGGCUGUGGUGCGUGUUCCCAUCAGUGAGAGGUUCCUACAGGGCAUCUUGGCUUCCGCAGCAAAGGAAGUCCCUGUGCUGGUCAGUGCUUUAGUUUUUCUAUUGAAGACCAGUUCCGUGGUCUUGCACUGGGCUGCCCCUCCUGCCAGGGGAGGGCUGCUGUCUGUGCGUGUGACCAAGCCUCUUCCUAAGCUCCAUCACGAUUCCUUUGUCCUCACUGCCAUUCAGAGCAAAGCUGGCCAGCUCGCCUGACGGCCAGUGAGCAGCCAGUGCGUCCGUGCAGUGCAGCUGGAGAGGCUAGCCUUGGAGCCUCGUUCCAGUUACUUUACAGCAAGUAGAUUUCUGGGUGUGUCCUGAAGGUCAGAGGUCAGAGGUCAGGUCUGCAUGCUUGAGCAGGUGGAUGAUUCGGCCCUCCCUAACUGGGACCCACAGUGGCCUCUGGGGCUCUGGUCCGCAGCUCUGGGUCGAGUCAGGCUGGGCUGUGUGUCUGCCUGGUUGGUUAGUCUCUAACCACUUGUCUGGCCUCUGCCCCAGGGUGGGGAGUGAGGACAUUGGUGUCCCGCCCUUGUGGGGUCCAUGUGGGGGCUCACAGACGAUGAUAAGGUAACAGCUCUCAGCAGUUAGGCACGUGAGGGCACGGUUCUCGGUAGUCACCACGAUGUUCACAAUGGGAAAUUAUAUCACACGGUAGCAGAGAUAGGCAUUUUAUGUGUUCCUUAUAUUUUACCUCAAAUUGUAGAUAUAGGGUAAUAAAUAAAAUCCAUCCAUGCCUUUCA